AUGCUUUUGCCAUUACACCUGAGUUUGGCAACAACAAUAUCGUUAUCGUAUGUUGGAUUUUUGUACGCAUUUGACUACAAUGGAACGGAUCGCAAUCAUCCGAAAAGUAUCAAACGACGAUUUUGCGGUGCUGUGGUAUGCAAUCUGAUUAGCAUUUUAACCACCUAUAUCCUAUUGGCUCAGCACCAUGCACAACCUCUUGCUGUUAUGGGCCUUCACACUAGAGGCAUGUACGCUGCCUUUAUAUUCUCUUUACUACUUACCUCUUGUUGUUAUCUCGGUAACUGGGUAAUGCUGUGGUAUGACGGACAAAUUGAAGCUUAUUUUGAUUUUACUGAAUGGAGAAUCAGUUUCACAUCUCUUCCUUGGUUUCGUGAUAACGUUAUGGCCCCUAUUACGGAAGAAUUGGCUUUUCGAGCCUGCGCUGCAUCACUGAUUCGAGAAGUGUUUUCUCCUCUCUUUACUAUUGCAGUAGCUCCUUUACCCUUUUCACUGAGCCAUUUCCAUCAUGUGUUUGACGAUGCUAAAAAAGGCAGCGAUAUAUGGAGUGCCAUGCGACGUCGAGCAUUUCAAGCUCUAUAUUCAUACGUUUUUGGAUGUUACGCUACCUUUUUAUUUGUACGUACAGAAAAUAUAAUAUCGGCUAUAGUGAGUCAUUCGAUAUGUAAUGGUAUGGGCCUACCUAUGUUCAAUUACAUAGAACAGUAUCAAAGCCGUUUAACUCGCGUGGUUUUAUGGAGCUCUCAUAUUACUGGUUUUUGUAUUUUUCUCCUCCUUUUGAUGCCCUUGACAGAGCCGUAUCUGUACACGGCUUAA